CCUUCUUCUUGGCCUAUAAAUACAUAUCUCCUUAUCCUUGUUCACUUCCAUCUAGCUCAAACACCUAACACACCAAAAAUGGACAACAAGAAGAACACAACCACCACCAACACCGCCACCACUGCACUUAAACAAAGCCUUACACGGCUGCUCCGUCGCACAACAUGCUCUACCAAGUCCGACGCCACUCACCGUCCACCUAUCUCUUUUCACAGGCCUUAUUACCACCUCAACAACCUCCCACUCACUUUCAAUUCACUAGAAUCACAUACAAACCACUCUAAGAAGAAGAAGAAGAAGAAGAAUAAAAAGAAGGUGGUUAAGAAGGAGAGAAGACUCACUGAAGUUGGAUCUUUCUAUGAGACUGGAGAGCAUGAAGGGAGGAGGUGCCCUCCAGUCUCUCCUAUCUCUCCUUCAAAAUACUACUCUUCCUACUUCUUUUGUUUUGACAAUGAAAAGAAUAGAAGGAAAAAGAAGAAGAAGAAGAAGUUGUUAUCCAAUGCUUAUGGAUUUACUACUUCUUCAUCAAGCGAUGAAGAACUUGGUGGCCUUUUCAGCAGUGAGGAUGGAGAAGAAGGAAGAGAGGAUUGUUCAGAGGCGUUCUUCUCCUCCAAGAGCUUCUCUUCUGAUUCCUCAGAGUUUUACCAACGUCCUUUGUCCAUUUCUUCAAAGAGAAUCACUCAUAAAAGGGAUAUCACUUCAUCUUCUUCGUCACGUCGUCGCCGCGCAAACAAUGCAUUUCGUCCUCUUGUUUCAAUGAUGUCUUAUGAUGAUCACAAGAAGAAGAAGAAGAAGGUGAAGCCUAGAAAGUUUGUUAUGGAUGACAAUGAAGAGGAUGAAGAUGAGGAAGAGAACAAGGGGAUUGCUGUAGUAAAGAAGUCAAAGGAUCCUUAUGGAGAUUUCAGGAGCUCAAUGUUAGAGAUGAUAGUUGAAAGGCAAAUGUUUGGUCCUAGAGAUCUUCAGAGACUCCUCCAUUCUUAUCUUUCAUUGAACUCAGACCACCACCACCCAGUCAUUCUCAAAGCAUUCUCUGAUAUCUGGGAAGCUCUUUUCAGCAACUAAUCAAUGUUGUGUUGCCUUGUGUGUUAAGUGUUUAAUUAGUAGUUAGUGUUUGUUAAUGUUAAUGAAGUUGCAAUAUUGAGUCUUUCUUCUUCUUCUUUUACUUUGAAAGAAAGAAGAGGAAGUACUCUCUUGUUGACAUGAUCAAGAAGGUACUAAUUAUUAUUAUUAUUUUAU